UGGGACCCUACGCCCUUAACUGAUUUUGUCGGAUAUCGCCAGGUCGUCAUCGUCAUCUCCACACGCCUAAGUACCUAGCGCUUUCGCAUGAGAGUCCGAAAAUAGGAAUCAACACUAAUUUAAAUGUGACUCGAACCGUCCAUAUCUUCAUAUAUACCCUCUUACCUUUAUAACCUGUGAAAAAAAAAAGAAUUGACAUUUUCAACCUACAGGUGUUCAAAAUUUUAAAAGACCUAGCCAAUAUGGAUCUCCAAUUCGUGACACUCAAUGUCUUUACAUCUAAGCGACUUCAAGGUAACCCCUUGGCUGUGGUCACCGUGCCAGCGACGCUGAAGGACAAGCUCACGCAAGCGACGAAGCAAAAGAUAGCUCAAGAGUUCAAUCUCUCAGAGACUGUGUUCUUGCACGAGGUGGCGGAGCCGGACCAGGCACAGCAGAAGCAGCGCGACAUCGACAUUUUCACCAUUGAGAGCGAGCUGCCUUACGCCGGCCAUCCUACCAUCGGCUCCGCCGUUCUCGUCAAGUACAAUCUUCAUCCGCACGUUGACACCCUCGUCACCAAGGCCGGUCCCAUCGGCAUCGUCCCACAGCCCGGUAACGCCAUCCGCGCUAGGAUCCCGCAUAACGUGCGCCUGCAUGCCAAGACACUGGUGGACGUGCUCGGCUCCGACGACGCCACGAAGCACCCGGGUCUAUCUCCCGUGCCGCAGAUCCGCGAGGCCGAGCUCAAGGCGCCCGUGUUUAGCGUGGUUAAAGGGAUGACGUUUGUCCUGGUGAAACUGCCUUCGCUGGAGUUGCUGGCCCAGGUCAGCACUGCGUAUAGAAUCGACUUCGCCAAUCUACCGAAACCGCUACUCGAUGAGGGAUGGCGGGAUAGCUUCGUUAGUAGGUAUUAUUAUGUGGAUUUGGGCGAGGAGGAGGAGCAAAGGAGUAUCCGCUCGCGUAUGGUCGAGCUGGGCUUCGAGGACCCGGCGACGGGGAGCGCGGCUACGGCAUUGGGAUCCUAUCUUACCCUUCAUGAGGAAAAGAAAGGGAGGAAGUUUAAACUCACUCAGGGGGUGGAGAUGGGCCGAACGAGCCACAUUAAUGUCGAGACUACGACGAAGGAUCCUGGAGACGGCUCCGUGGCGUUGGAGGAGCUCUGGCUUGGUGGUACUGCGAUUGUGGUUAUGAAGGGGACUUUGACUGUUGAUAUUUGACAAGAAUACUUGGGUGAUUAAUUCCAUGAUUGUGCUUAGGUUUCAUGAUUACUACUUGUUAACAGUCCAUUUGGUUCACUUAACGAUGAUGGUGGGACUAAUUCACCC